GUCGUGUCUUGGUUCCGUGUUUUGUGUUCGGGACAUCUUCGAUCGGAUAGUUGUAAAACAAGUGCGAGAGGAGCUGGGAAUUCUSAGAGGUCUUCAAAACAUGUGGAAUGKAACCAAAUWCAGCUGGUUACUCGCGAUUCCGCUACAAGAAUGCAUCGACUKCCAAAACAAGUACACGAAUGRAAAGACCACUGCCCAAACCGACGAGCUGUCUUYCUUCGGAGAUCUUGCCCCUGGUGGAGGGAGGGGGCGACAGGAGGCACCCGAAUCGGCGGUGUCUCUUUGGGGAGACCGAGCCCCGGCAUUUUYCCUCGGACGACGGAAACKUUCGCCCYACGCGAUUGRAAACGAAACCCAGCSUGCAAACCGCUCGAUCCCGARAAGGGCGAAACKACAGCAACCACCAAUAAAACAACAACYGGAGCUUGCCCUCGGAGAGGAACCCGACGGACGGACCGAAUCAAGACCGCGACGCGAGGCUCCUGGGAACGCCCCGRUCCCCCUCUGGCARCCGCACCAUCKCGGGGACCGAACGSACUAUUCUGCGAYCCACAACGAUUCAUUCGAUGUCGCGUGGGACGACGRAGUGCUCCGGGCCCUCUCGUUCAAAACCAGUUGCCCGGGCCGUGGCGCUGUCGUGCUAUUGGUUUGUGAAAGCAUCCGGAAUCGGUUCUGCGCAACUCCCAUGCUAUUGUUUUGUACCSURCUUGUUGGUGUCUCGCAUUCCCGCACCCCUCGUGGGCAUCGGGAGGAAGAGCAACGGGUCCGGUCGUUACGCUACGGGCCUCCCGUUCGGCCCGGCCGGAUCCCCGGUCGGAUYCCCCCCCGCCAGGUCCCAGACCCCCCCGCAAAAGACCUCGCGGAUGGAACAGGUCACGGGUUCCGAUUCCAGCGUGUAGUUUCUCCAAAAGCCCCCGCCUUGCAGAGGCCCGGCCGCCGAGAGGACAAACUCCGGCAGGAUGCUGAACCUCCGAAAGAUCUGGCCAAUCCCGACCCUCCCGGACUCGACGAGGUCUUCCAGGUCCCUGUUGUGCACCUCGACGAYGGAAUCCGCCGUGCAGACCGUGGUGUUGCCAAACAUCACCAGCUCGACCCUGCGGUCCCAMACCGCGGGGGAUGCAUCCCCUUGCUCCGCCUUCCGCCGGCGGCAGUAGACSACCUCCACCACGACCGGGGCGUCGUAGUAGGAAGAAAAGAGGCGCUGGAGGUUUCCGUUGGCCGUGACGGCCAUCCGAUCCAGGGGGUUGGUGAUCCCGUAGGUUUGUGCGAGGGAAUAGCUUUCCGACGUCACCAGGCCGUCCCGGAAGAGCUCGUCGGCGUCGUCGACGGCYGGCGACAUGAUGUCCCCGAGGGUCCCCCCUCCCCCGGAGGCCCCGCCGAACGGCGGCGGYGGCGRAGCAAGGGUGGCACCGGUGCCGGAMGGAGCCAAAGCCACCGGCCCGCUGCCUCCCCCCCYGGAGCCGGGGGACGGAUCCGUGGCGUUCCCGCUCCCUUGAAAGGCUCCGCCGUUCUCGGCGUGCAGGACGCGCUCGGAGGGAGSUCUGGUCGGUCCCCCGUACGGCUCCGGCCAACCCGACCGGGAGCCCCCCCCGAAACGCCCCGCCCGGCCGGAGACCAGGGCCGAGACCGCUGCGGGAACAAGAACCCCCGGCUCYGGGCCAAAACGAAGGGCCCACAGCACCAGAGCGGCGACGGCGAGCGCACGCUCGAGCGACGGGCCCGCCAUUGCGAAUGGCUGCCGCGCUUCGAUGUCUCGAGGUGUCUCUUCGCGCUUGCCUUCCCSCGAAAGGCUUCGGUUGUGUUGGACCGACGAUUCGGGAUGGCGUCUCGUCUCGAGUUGCGCGCUCCGCUAGCUCGMUCCGAGUGCGAACAGAUCGAUCCACCAAUGGCAGUGACAAAGACGGGGCGUAGAAAAACAAGGAACCCGUUGGUCGGUUCCGUUCCGUUGUGUUUUGUUGAGUUGCGUCGUGUUGUGUUGUGUAUCGGUAGGGUAUGCGAUGUUGUGUGCUACUCCAUUCUACUUGUCUGCGAUUCGGUGCGAAGGGAAUGUUSUUCUGCCCCAAUCUGGUACGCUCUUGUAGUGUAUGAUGCGAUGCCACGCAAUCCGGAGGGGAAAGAACAACAACGCAAAAAGGUCGAGGAAGAGCACAACAGCUUUCGAGAACGAGAACGAGAACGAGACGAGAGAAUCUGAGCCAGAUGGAAAUGCGAUUUUUGUUCACAAAAAAAUGGUGGUUUGGGAUAGUUCGUACUACACACGUUACGAUUUCGUACGGUACGGUACGGUAGGAGUUGCGAGGAGGAGUUCUCCCUAGGCUAGAGCAC